CUCUCUUGAUUGCUUCACCCUCUCCGUAGCUUUCCUGGUAAUGCUCGAUACCACAUGCAGCGACUUCCCUAGCUUCUCUUCUUCUUUCUCCCACCUCAGACCGCCAUCGCCCGCUGAAACUUUGAUAAGAACCCGUAGCUCCUCCAACAUCGAUUUUCGGGGAUUGGAUUGAAGAUGAUGAACCUUGAGGCCCAGCAGGAUUACCAAGACGCUCAAUUGCACGUGCCCCAUGACGAAAUGGAAACUCUGGUUCUCGACGAGCCAUCUAAUGCUCAAUCCCCCUCCGGCCACCUUCCUGCUCAGUCAGUCUCCGCAUUGGAUAACCCGCUGAAUCUGUCCCCUUCUUCACUCACAUCUAACCAAAGCCCCAAAUCUCUCUUCAAUUCUUUCCUUGACCCCCCAUCUUACGCCGAAGCAAUCUUCACCUCCUUCGAUUCUUCUUCGAACGGCCACGAUAAUCCGGACCUUUCUUCCAGAUCGAACCCAUCGAAUUCCGAGUAUCUGUAUAUAUCGGUCUCGGAUCCGCAGAAAGAGCAAGAAUUGACGAAUUCUCUUGUCCCUGGCGGGAAUACUUAUUACACUUACCUGAUUACGACGAGAACGAAUUUUCCUGAGUAUGGAGGACCCGGCUCCGAAUUUAGCGUCCGCAGGCGGUUCAGGGACGUGGUAACCCUAUCAGAUCGGUUGUCGGAGUCGUACCGAGGGUACUUCAUUCCUAUAAGGCCUGAUAAGAACACAGUGGAGAGCCAGGUGAUGCAAAAACAGGAAUUUGUGGAGCAGAGGAGGCUUGCAUUGGAAAAGUACCUUCGUAAACUGGCAGCUCAUCCCGUGAUUAGAACGAGUGAGGAGCUUAGAGUGUUUCUGGAGUUGCAAGGGAAACUGCCUCUGGCGAAAAGUACUGAUAUGGCGUCGAGGAUGCUUGAUGGGGCGGUGAAGCUACCCGGGCAGUUGUUCGGGGGCGAGGCAGUGGGGGCAGUGGAUGUGAGUGAAGUUGCACAGCCUGCUAAGGGUGGGAGGGACUUGUUGCGGAUAUUUAAGGAGCUGAAACAGUCAGUUACCAAUGAUUGGGGCGGAGCGAAGCCGUUGGUCGUAGAAGAAGACAAGGAGUUUCUAGAGAGAAAGGAUAAGUUGGCAGAGUUCGAGCACCAAUUGAGCAGCGUUUCUCAACAGGCUGAAUCUCUUGUCAAGUCACAGCAAGACAUGGGUGAAACAAUGGGUGAACUAGGAUUGGCUUUUGUAAAGCUAACUAAGUUUGAGACUGAAGAAGCCAGAUUUGAGGCUCAGAGAGGAAGAUCAGCAGACAUGAGAAAUGUGGCGACUGCAGCUGUUAAAUCAAGCAGAUUAUAUAGAGAGUUGAACACACAAACCAUAAAACAUUUGGAUAAGUUGCAUGAAUACCUUGGAACCAUGCUAGCGAUCGACAAUGCAUUUUCUGACCGAUCAAGUGCUUUACUCACUGUUCAAACACUCUCAUCAGAACUAGUCUCUUUAAAUUCACGGAUCGAGAAGCUUGAAGCUGCUUCAUCCAAAAUAUUUGGUGGAGAUAAGUCUAGGCUGCGAAAAGUAGAAGAAUUAAAAGAAGCCAUCAGAGUUACUGAAAAUGCUAAAUUAUGUGCGGAUAGAGAGUAUGAGCGGAUAAAGAAAAAUAAUAGGAGCGAACUUGAAAGAGUUGAGCAAGAGAGACAUAAUGACUUCAUGAGCAUGUUGCGGGGUUUUGUUAUCAAUCAGGCGGGGUAUGCAGAGAAGAUGGGAGCUGUGUGGGAGAAGCUUGCGGAAGAAAAACGUCUGCAUAUUCAAGAGACAUGAGCUAAUAUACACUCCGGCUGUAAAAAUUUUUGCUUUCGGUAUGUUCAUGUUGCAUUGUAGAUUUUUGUUUGAUUGGUUGUCAUGUCAGGUGUUGAAGGUUAGAAAUGCCUCUAUCGUAGAUAACAAUCCAUAAAGGCUCAUCUUUCGUCUUUAACGUUUAAUCUCGCUCUUUGACUAUUCAUGAUCACUUUUUCUUUUUGGA